AUGGAAAUUGAAACUUAAUUUAAUCAGCUACCAAAAGAGAUGGAAAAGAAAAGCAUAGAUUAUAAUGCUGUGAAAGAUCUAGUAUUAAUGCUGAUCAGCAAUGUGACUAACACUGAUAAUGACUGGCUUCAAGAUGCAUUAAAAGAUACGAUGCAAGAUGAAGAUUAUGCACAAGAUAAGUAACUUCUCUCCAUUAAUGAGACCAUCGACAAUCUAAAAAUAAAAAGGUUUUGGGGUUCAUAUUAGAGAAAUAUAAAGAUACUUAUUAACUGUACAAAUCAUGCCUACGUUAAUAAAACUGACAAAAAAACGUUGGUAGAGGACUCAAGCCCUCUAGAAAGAAAUCAUCUUCGCUAUCUCCUUAUGAAGGAUGACUUAAUCUUGCAGUUAGUAAACAAUUCUUCUCAUAUCGAGGUAUUCCUUCAUCCAAUGCUCUACGCUUUUGGGCUAUUCUAACACAGCAUUGAUCAAAUUAAGGAUUUAGAGGAGGAUAUUUUGAGAUUUAGAAGCACUGAGAAAGAAGCUGUGUUUUCUCUUUACAUCGGAGCAGUUAACCAUUGGAUUAACUUAAUUAUCCACAAGCCUCCAGGAGCUUUUUAAACUCCUUAAUUCUAUCUACUUGACUCUUCUAACCUUAAAUUUCUUGACAAGGUUGAAGAACAGUUGAUAGAAGUUCAGGAAAAGAGAUGUAGGAGAAAGGCUUCAAUUGGAUUGAAGCCAUCCUCCUAAUUUAUGGUAAAGAUGUCUAUUCAUAGUUUAUUUGAUCAAAGAAGAAUAUAUGAAAUUCUUGUAGAUGUUUUCAAUGGAAAAUCUUCAAUUGCUCAAUAUUAUUGCAGCUCAUUUACUAAUAAUAUACUCAAGUAAUUCCAUAUGUUUACAGAUAGUCUUCAAACUGAGCCAAGCAAUCUCUCUGUCCCAAAGUCUAGAAUGUUUGCUUAGUCUAAGCCUUUAUCAGAGGAUGAGGAGAAAUCAUUAGCAAAAUAUGAUCUUAGUGAAUUCUUAUAUCCUUUCAAGCAGGUUGAAGGAGACUACAAAUACUUGAAAAAGCUAAGUUCCAAAGAGGAUCUUUUAAAUUUCUUUGAUUUGAUACAAACUUUCCUAUCCUCUUGCUAGAGGCCAUAGCACAUUGAAGCUGAUAUAAAUAGAAAUGUCCACUCAUUUGGAAUUGAAGGAUUCUUUAAGAAUGAUAUUGGAAAGCUUACAAAUUGGACCUAAGCUCUAUUAGAUGCUGAUGAAAAAAUAAAAAAAGUCGUGGGUUAAGGAGAAUUAUUAAGUCAAAAGGGUGCUUAGAAUGUUAGAUUAUUUGAAUAGUUGAUUGCUGUUGUUAGAUAACUUAAUAGUAAGCUACAAAAGCCUAGUUUACUAUAGAAAUUCAGAAAUUGCCUAUCUUGA